UGAUACUGUUGGUGGCAACAAGACUGAUGAUGAUGAUGAUGAUAUAAAUCCAAGGUAUACUUAAUUGCUCUUUUCUUGUAACUCUUAGUCUCUUAGGCUAUGAACUUCACAUGUAACUUUCCUAUUAUGUUCCACCAAAUAUUACAGAAGAGAGAUGUUAAAAAAGGCUUUAUGUUGGUUUUGGGGAUUGAUGGGUGCCAGAAGUGUUGGGACAGUUGCCCUCUGUCGGGAUUUCAAUCCGUAGAGUUAUUAAAUUCAAAUGAUUCACUUUGCUGACAACUUGAGCUUUUAGAUAAGUGGUAAUUCAACAUGGUACAUUGUACAGCACAAAUAAAAAGUCCUUAGGUUUACCAUUUAAAAAAUGUUUCACGUGCAAGGGUUUAUUAAGUAAUAUGACUGCCUUGAGGUACAUGUAGACUUACUACGAAGUAAAUGAUUCACUUCACUAACAAGUCAAUUUAGAUGAAGUGAUCAUUCAACACAAUCCAAGGCAUUUAGUAAUUGGAGGACAAGAAGUAGUCAUAAGAUUUAUCCACCAUCUACCCUCUCCCAUUCUUCAUUAUGUAUCCCCAUAUAUGACCCUGUAAAGACAGAAACAGUUUUUUUAUGGAACAUGUUUUACAAAUUCCAUAUUCGUUUGCUUUUCCAAAUUGUCCUCUAGUCACAAUAUAUUACUUAGAUCUUGUUUGUUAGUAGAGUGGUAAGAAGAUAAGCUUUUUACUAGAUGGCAGUUGUUCUUCACUGCAAAGACAAAGAAGAGAAAACUUAAACUGCCGAAGAGAAUUGGCAGUCUGUCGAUUAUAGUUCUAAGUUUUGGAAUAUUGAGUCCUGAGUCGGUAGAAUGCAACUAUUGAUAGAGACCACCAGAUGACCUGAAUUUUAAUUGAGGAUCACAAUAUUGAAGUUAUGGUGAUCUUGUUGGGAAUCGUAAGAAUCAGUAUUCUACUAGGAAGUUGAAUUUGCAAAUUAUAUGUAAUGAUUCUUUUAACAAGUCAAAGUUACUAUGCAUUUUAUUUUUGGUAAUAUCUACAAAGGCUUACUAGAACUUUCUUUAUAUUGUUGCAGAGACGAUGAUUGGUUCGUUGAAGGGAAAAGUAACACUCUUUCUUUUCCGUCAUACUAUAUUGAUGAAAAUGCAGUUGUCUGCUUGGAUGGAGAUGGCUGCAAAAUCCGAAGUGGAUCAGUGGCAAUUACUGAAGAUUCUGAUAUUGAUACAUCCAUUGCUUGUGAUUCCUGUGAUAAAUGGUACCACGCUUUCUGUGUGGGAUUUGAUUCCGAAGGCACUUGCGAAGGCUCAUGGCUAUGCCCAAGGUGCACCGUUGGUGAAAGUUCACAGAAGCCGGACAACAACAGGGUUUCAGUAUUAUCAGAAACCUAUCAAAACGGUUUAGAAAUCGCUAGUGGUGAUCACUGCCUAGCUGAAGCAUCUUUUUCUGGAAGAGUAUCGGUAUCUGUUGCUGAUGAGGGCGAGACAGCUGUAGUUAUCUCACUGGUUGACAGAAAUCAAGAGAGUCGAGAAUCAAAUGAAUCAGUCUUGGGGUGUAGCAAAGACGGGGAAACUGCCUUGUUAUCAUGUUCAGUAUCCGACAUGCCGAAUUUGGAAGCACUACCAGGAGAUAGGAACAGUGUUGAACCUAACUCAGUUCAUCAAGAAAUGGAACUUUCUUUAUCACCGAUUUCCACAUUACCCGCUGAGCUGAAAAAAAUUGCUGAUGAUGCACUGAGAACUGCCCCAAGACAUAUAAAUAACAAAACGAUCGAAAUCGACGCUAGUGUAGACCUUGGUCUUGAUUUACCUAUGGAUUCUGAUACACCGGACAUGAAGGACAACGACACAGCUGAAGAUCAUGUGCCUGAAUGUUUGGAACCGAAUAAUAGGUCGGAAGAUCUUUUGCCAGCUGAUAAGAAGCUGCCUGCUGAAAUGGACGUGUUGUCACGAAAAAGUAUGACGUGUGAUGAGAAAGAGACCAUAAGUGGAAUUGCUCGGGGUAAAAGGAAGUACAGAGAUAACAGAGAUGCGGACGAGGGAGAAAGAAAAGCGAACAGCGAGGCUGAGUUUUCUCGAAAGAAAGUGAAAGCCGAAAGAAAUUGUCAGUCCGUUAGUCUGACAGAUCAAACAGCUGUAUCCGCUCGAGAUGACUCUACUGCUACUUUUAGUCAAAGUGGUUCGAGGAGGAAUAACACAGCUAAAUCUAUAUCUAAAAAGGAAAAUAGUAUCUCUGAUAUAAUGGAUAUAGUUAAAGGAACAGAUCGUAAAAAGAGAAAUUCAUCCGACGUAACCCCCAAAGAAGGAGAAAGUGGGUUGAGGCUCAAGAAAAUCGUGAGGAGAGCUGGCGAAGAUAAAGAUUCUUUAGAGCUGGUUCAAGAGCUCAGGAAAAAAAUCAGAGAAGCGGUUCGUAAUAAAUCCUCUAAAGAGAUCGGACAAGAGCUUUUUGAUCCAAAACUUUUGGAUGCUUUUCGAGCUGCUUUGGCUGGAUCUGUGCCUGAAAACAGGAAACAGCCUCUGGAUGUGAGGGCAAAAAAGUCAUUGCUGCAAAAGGGAAAAAUACGUGAAAAUCUAACAAAGAAGAUAUAUGGGAAUGGAGGGAAGCGACAACGAGCUUGGACUCGGGAAUGUGAAGUUGAAUUCUGGAAACAUCGGUGCACAAAAGCAUCAAAGCCUGAAAAAGUUCAGACACUAAAGUCAGUUCUUGACCUGCUAAGAGAUAAUUCCGAUUCCACAAAGAAAGCGCCGAGAGUUGAAGAAGAGGCGAAGGGUUCUGUUCUUUCAAGAUUGUAUUUAGCUGACGCAUCCGUUUUUCCUAGAAAGAAUGAUAUCAAACCUGUUGCAAAUCUUGAACAGAACAAGGAAAGUUGUUCCACUGGCAAAAGUCCUACACCAUUGACCGUUGACCAGCCUGACAGGAAUCCACUGCAGCACCGGGGUUUAUCACAGGUGAUUGCUCCUCCUUUAGAUAGUAAAGAGACGAAGAAGAGUUCCAAGGGGAAAGUAGCAGUGACUUCUGCAUUAAAGCCUUCAGAAAAGGGUGAUAAGAAAAAAUGGGCCUUGGAACUUCUGGCGAGAAAAACAGCAGCCUCGGGAAAGAAUAUGCAAGAGAAAGAAGAAGACAGCACGAUUCUCAAAGGGAAUUAUACUUUACUGGCCCAACUGCCAAAAGAAAUGCGGCCUGUUUUGGCCCCUAGUCGUCACAAUAAAAUCCCUAUGUCGGUGAGGCAGGCUCAACUUUAUCGCCUGACGGAGCACUUUCUGAAGAAAGCAAAUAUGUCACUAGUUAGUAGAGCUGCCGAAACAGAGUUGGCAGUGGCAGAUGCUGUUAACAUCGAAAAGGGAAUUGCCGACAGGUCAAACAGCAAGCUUGUAUACGCGAAUUUGUGUUCACAGGAGCUAUUACGCAGACCAGACAAUGUGAACUCCGAGAGAGCUACAGAAGAAGAAAUUCAUUGCUCCACUUCAGAACGCCUCUCUGAAGAAACAAAUAAUAGCUCUUUAAAAGAUUUGUCAGUCGAUGAAGCACUGAGAAAAGCAGGGCUCGUUUCAGAUUCCCCUCCAAGUAGCCCCGAUCGUUUCCAAACGGAUCUUAUCAAUGAGGACGAACCUGACAGUGUUCUUGAAGUCGAUUCUAAUCAGGAACUCGAUAUUUACGGCGAUUUCGAGUAUAAUUUGGAAGAUGACGACUUUAUUGGUGCUGGAUCUUUAAACAUUUCUAACUUACAGCCCGAACAGCCGAAGAUCAAAUUGUUGUUUUCCUCCAUUAAAGCUGAAGAACCAAAUGUGGAAGCUUUGGAAGGUUUGUCUGAUCCGCUUGAGUUUCGGAACAAGACUAACGAUGGAGGCUCAACUGUGGAUAGUGUAAAUUCUCCCAUCGAUAAAGAUGACGAGCCUUCUUUGGCAGAAUGUGAAGAUGAUGCAGAGUGUGAAGAACUCUAUGGACCUGAAAAAGAGCCACUUAUUAAAAAAUACCCAGAAAUCGCCAUAUCCAUCGCACCAGUCGAACAGGCAGCAAGUAAAGAAUCACAUGGAGAAAACGGAGAUUGCGGGCCCCACGAAACGGAGAAGAACAACACCUUUGAAUCGAAACAAUCAAAGAAUGCAACGAAAAAGGAGAAGAAAAGCAGCAAGCAAUCAGAACAGAAUAAUAGUGUGGUCAUGAAAAAGGUUGAAGCAUAUGUAAAGGAGCAUAUAAGACCACUGUGCAAGAGUGGUGUGAUAACAGUUGAACAGUACAGAUGGGCUGUGAACAAAACAACUGAGAAAGUAAUGAAGUAUCACUCUAAGGAGAAAAAUGCAAAUUUUCUUAUUAAGGAAGGUGAAAAAGUUAAGAAACUGGCUGAGCAGUAUGUUGAAGCUGCUCAGGACAAAACAGGCACUUAAAUUGUAAUUUUUUUUUAAUUAUUAUUAUAAUUUUUAUUAUAGGAUUU